AUGGCCGACGGGGACUGCCGGACGACCCACGAGUUGCCGUGCGAGGGAAACAUACGUCCAGUAGGUGACGGGAAGCAGGGAGGGCCUUCGGCAGGUUUGCAUAUGCUUCGCCCAGGCAGUUUCGAGCUGGUCGGCUCCAGAGAUCCCCACAGAGCGUUUCAGUUGGAUAGCGCGGCGCGCCGCAACACUUUGUCGCGGGAGUUCCAACAAGCCGCACAACACCGGACGGUACUCGGCUCAGACCCGCAGACGACGUCACCAGGCGCCGUCCCCGCUCCGUCUUUUCUUUUUCGGGGCACGAAGAUGUCCUCGGAAACGUCUCUGGCAAGGGUGUGCGGGGCGCGGGAGGUCCAGGCGCCUCUACCAAGUCGCGAGAGUCGGGACCAGGGCGGUGGCGUGCCCGUGGCAGCGCGCAUGCAGACGGAGGAGGGCGAGAUGAGUCUCGUUUCUCAGAGCUGCAGCGCACACCAGGAACGGCCUGACACGCGUCUUGAGCACCAUGGACUCGAGCGGGAGGCCACUGAUCUGUCCCAAGAGAGGGCUGCGUCUUCGAGACUCGAGGAGCCCAGCAGCGACUCCACAGAGGCAAACUGGAAGGUCGCCCAGUUGGCGAAGCGAUGCCGGCGAUCCUCUGUUCUCUGCUGCCGAUGUCGCGAGACGCCGAUGCCAAGAGAAGAGGCAGUCUCCGCGAAACACGCUUUUGAGGAAGGCGAGAGCGAUCGGAAACGGACUGGCGAUUGCGACGAGGGAAGUCGAACAGAAAGCUUGACUUCUCCCACGUCCGAGAUCAGCCAUGACUGCUGCUCGUGCUGUUACUGCUCUUGCAGCCAACAUGAAGAAGGCGGAACAGGGGAUGAAGGGAAAGGCCACGGAGACCUGGACGCAAAGGAUCGGGGCGAAGGAGCUUCUCUCCCGACGAUGCAAAGCACGUGGCAACCGCAUCAAUCUUCGAGCCGGAUCAUUUGCAUCGACGGCCCCAACAGACCCGAAACCUUUGAAAGAAAUCUUCGACAGCUUUCCGAGGAAUUCCCCUGCAUCCACCAAGGCCUCAUCAUUUCGCUGCUGGAAACGGCAGAGAACAACUUGGCUCACGCGCGACAGCUGGUCCAGGUUGUCAGCGACACAACGUCCUCGUCGCGAGGAGGCACGAGUGGAAGCGCAAGGGUCUCGAGCACGCGAGUUCGACAGCUCGCGAAUGGAGGAGGCGAGCUACACCGCGACGGCCCCAGUGGAAGCUGGCCAGGGCGAGAGCCUGUUUGCUCUGCUAUGCCGGAGAACGCAGACUGCGAGCAGGCUCUUUCGUGGCGACCCGCCAGUCGGAAGAGACAGAUGGAAGGCGAGGACGUUGUAAAUCGGCCACGAGCUUCGUCUCCGCGUCUCUGUGAUUUAUCUUCUUCGUUCCUCAAAUCUGUCGAGAGUUCAGUCUCGGCUGGCGAGGCCGCGCCAGCGUCUUCCCCGUCUCCGGCUGCUUCCGCCGUGUUCUCGCGCGCGACGGACGGUUCGUGUGCGGCCGCCCCGUCGGACAAGAGGGCGACGGCCCCCGAGGAGCUGCGAAGGAACCCGCGACUCGACUGGAGCGGAAGAGAUGCGACGGCCCCAACCGCGAGUGCCGGCUCGUUGGGAAACGCAGGCGCAGGUCUGAGUGUUACUGUCGAGUUCUGGUCUCUCGAAUGGACCCAGCGCAUGCUUCGAGUCAUCUACAGCGCGACCAGCGCCGAAGACGCAAAAGCGAAAGCGUCAGCGCUCAUGCAGGAGCAGACGGAGCAGCUCCUGAACAUCCACGCCGGUUCGCUCUCGCUCUGUGCCUCGUCCCAAAGCGCAGGGGAAGGCAGCGAGACUGCAACAAGCCGGGUGUCAACCUCCGGGGCCGACCCAGCGGAAGACCAGAGCCCGAGUCUCGAGGAGAUGGAGAAGAAGGUCGAACUCCUGCAAAACGACAAACGGCUUCUCGCGCGGGCGGUCAAGGCGCAGCACGAGCGGAUCCAAACUCUGCAAGCAUCUCUCUCUGAGAAGACCGCGGAUCUGGAGCGCGUGCUCGGCGAGAAGCGUGCCUUGCAGCAGGAUGUACAGAAGAUCAAAGACGCUGCGGCAGCUUUGCUCCUCGGGAGUUCUUCUCUGCGGGCCGGCAGUUUCUGUCGAGAUAACAGCUCUUUCGACAGACCAUUCCCGGAUGUCUGCUGA